AUGGGAGAGAAUCCUCCUCAACCAUUGUUAAGAGACUAUGACCACCCCAACGCAUUCCAACUUCGGAGUGGCAUACGUCUUCCCACCACGAAUGCAAACAACUUUGAGCUUUCACCUCAACUCAUCCGCAUGAUUCAAAGCGAUCAAUUUGGGGGUAGUCCUUAUGAGUGUCCUUUUGCUCAUUUGGACAAUUUUCUUGAAUUGUGUACAACUAUCAAGCAAAACAACAUUUCGGAAGAGUUUAUUCGGAUGCACAUGUUUCAAUUCUCCCUUCGAGACAAAGCAAAGCAUUGGUUGAGAACGGUUGAAGAGGGAUCGUUGAGUACUUGGGAUGAGGUGACUAGAGCUUUUCUUGGGAAGUAUUGCCCUCCCGAGAAAACCGCUGAAUUAAGACGGAAGAUCACAAACUUCAACCAAGAGGUUGAUGAAACUUUGAGUGAAGCAUGGGAGCGGUUCAAAGAUUAUACUAGAGCAUGCCCUCACCACGGUUUCACCUCAUGGAUCAUAGUGCAAAGCUUCUAUGAUGGUCUUACUCCUACCUCAAGGGCUAACCUUGAUUCGGGAGCCGGAGGUAGCCUUAAAAAGCUAUCGGUUGACGAGGCCUACAAAAUGAUUGAGGAAGUGGCUAAGCAUUAUGCUUAUGGAGGUGAUAAAAGGCAAGGUCAACCCAAGAAGGGCGGUAAGCAUGAUCUUGAAGUAAUAGAUCUUAUUGCUUCAAAGGUUAAUAUGUUAGCUCGAAAGCUAGAUCAAGUGAACAAUGUGCCUGGUAGCUCCUCCCCACAAGUCAUGUCUUGUGAGACUUGUGGAGGAAAUGACCACUUGGCAUCCUAUUGCAACACUACAACGGAGCAUGUGGCUUCACUUGGUAGGAAUGAUCCUUACUCCCAAACUUUUAACCAAGGUUGGAAACAACAUCCAAAUUUUGGGUGGAAACAACCCAAUCAAGCUCCCCCUCCUCAAAACAAUUACAACCAAGCUCCUCCUUACAAUCAACCCUCUCCACAACAACAAGCUCCCUAUCGCCACCCCAAUCAAAGAGACAAUGUCCAACAAAGACCCCAAUACAAUCAAGCCCCUCCUCCUCCAAAAUCCAACAUUGAAUCCGUUUUGGAAACCUUCAUGACCCAACAAAUCAAGAUCAAUGGGGAAGUUAGUAGCUCAAUUCAACAACUCCAAGCACACAAUAAGAUGAUUGAAAGUCAAUUAUCUCAAAUUGCACAACAAGUUGGGUGCACCUCUAACCCCGGUGGUCAAUUUCCAAGCACAACGGUAAUGAAUCCAAAAGAGCAAGCGAAAUCAAUCACCUUGAUUAUGGAAGGGGGUAUGAAACUCCAAUUAUGA